UGAAAGUGUUUGUUUUUUUCCUUCUUGAUGAUACACUUAAUAGUCGUGGCAUAAAAAAAAUCAAUAAAAUUUUAAUAUAUAAGUUGAAGUGAAUUUUUAAAAAUGGAUUCAUCUGUGAAUGCGUCAUCAGAGAAAAAAGGUGUCUUUGAAAGCCUUGAUCGCGAAGAUCUCAUUCGAAAAUGUAAAGGAUUGCUUGUAAUUGCACAAAAAGCAAAAAAAUCCAAAGAUGAGUUGGCCAAUGAGGUAACAACUUUAAAAGAGAAAUUAGCCGAAUGUGAUACGCAAAAGCAAGCCGAUAAAGAUUGUUUAAAAACAAUGCAGUUGAUCGUAGAUUCAUUGACACAAAAUAAAUUGGAGGCAGCAAAUCAAAUUGCCGAUUUAGAAAAAUCAAUAAAAAACUUAAAUCAUCAAUUGAACACAUGCAAUGAUCAACUGACCAAAUUAUCGGAAUUGGAAAUUGAGAAUGAGGCAAAAGCCAAACAAAUCCAACGAUUGACUAAUGAAAAUGAAGAACAAGAAAUAGAUCUACGUAAAUUAGAUGAAAAAUUUACGAAAGUGUCCGAAUUGAGUCAACAUCAAACACAAGAACUUUUGGUACUCGAACAAUCGAUUGAUAAAUGGAAAACAAUGGAAGCCGCCUAUCAUAAGCUGCAAUACGAAAAUCGGGAGCUUCAAACAAAAUUUGAUGCUUUCAACGCUUCCCAAACUGCAGCAAGUUCUACAAUCACCAACGAAGAGAUUAUUAAUAAUUUGCAAGUGGAACGUGAUAAUAAUCGUCGAAUGUAUGAAGAGGCUUCAGUUCAAUUCUAUUUGUUGAAUGAAGAGUUGGAUAAAUUACAACAAUCUCGGGCUAAGGACGAUGAAAAAAUUGAUGUGCUUAAAGAACAACUUCAUCAUGAAAACAAGCAAUUGAAGAAAAAAUGCGAGGAACAAACCUACAAAUUGGACAAAUACAAAGGGAAGAUUUGUGAAUUUUCAAGCAAAUUAAAAGAAGUAAAACAAUCGAAAAAGCUAUUGAGCGACUUGUUGGUUGAUUAUUCACUUUCUGUAACAAAGUGGCAUACACAAAUUUCACACGCAUCCAAACUUUUGGUGAAAGAAGUGAAUUAUUUGAAUGAGACUAAAUUGGAACUAGAAAAACAGAUUGAAUGCCGUGAAUCAACUAUAGGUAAACUUAAGGAAACCAUUGAUGAGUUGGGACAACGUAUUGAAAAUGUUACUAAAAAUAAUGACACGGGUGAAAUUAGGGAGAAAUAUGAAAUGUUGCUAACCGAAUACAAGUCACUUCAAAAAUGUAUCGAAGAUAAGAAUUCGGAAAUUGUCAAUAUAACACAAGAAUGGGAACAAAUGUGUUCUUCAUUACAAGAAGAAAGUGUAAAAUGUGGAUCUGAAAUAGAAAAAGUUACUAAAGAAUGUCAGAAUAAAUCGAAACAAUUAUAUGAACUGGAAGAAAAAUCAGCUGCAGAUAAUAAGGAGAAUACAGAAUUUUCAAACGAAACGAAACACUUAAAUGACAUGGUGGAAAAACUUAAAAUUGAAAUCGACUACAAAAACUAUGAGAUUAAUAAAUUGACACAAGAAUCAGAGCAGAUAAAUGUCUCAUUGAAGGAACAAUACGAAAAAUUCACAGCUGAAAUAAAAGAGCGAAAUGACGAGUGUCAGGCAAAAAUCCAAACAAUAUGUGAAUUAGAAGAGAAGGAAAUGAUGAGCAGAAAAAUGAAUGACGCACUUCUUACUGAAAUCAGUCUAUUGAAUGAAAAACUACAAGAUUUGAGCAAAACGAUUGGUGAAGUACAAUCGGAUACGUCAAAAGAUGAUGAAAUCAAUGACAAUGAAAUGAAAUAUGGGAAGUUACAAGAGGAACACAAAUCACUUCAAUCACAAAUUGUGGAAAAAAAUGAUGAACUAAAUAAAUUGGCCCAAGAAUUGGAAAUCAUUCGUGAUGAUAUGAAAAAACUGACUGAAGAAAACCAAGUCAAAUGUAAGCAAGUGCUCGUUCUUGAAGAAAAAGAAGUUGUAGCAAAUAAGAAACAUGAAGAACUCUUGGCUGAAAUGCGAGAAUUGAACGAUGUUAUUAAGAAACGUGGCGAAAUAAUUUCAAAUCAAACGACUGAAAUUGACCAAUACAAAGUAAAACUUAGUGAUCAAUAUAAGCAAAUCAAUUCAUUGGAAGAAAAUGUUAAAGAUAAAAUAAAACAAUUGGAACAACUACGCAAUCAAUUUGAUAAUCAAAAUGAAAUUCUAUCAACGUCAACAAUUUCACGAGCCGACGAAGUAUCACGAAUGAGAGACAUUGAAGACAGUUUCGAAGAGAAGUAUAAUAAAUUGCGUGCGAUAGCCUUAAAAUUGAAGAAGAAAAAUGCCGAACUACAAGCUACUGUAGCAAAACUUGAAUUAGUAAAAUCUACAGAUGCUGAAUCAACUAUUGUAUUCCGUGCAGCUGUUCCCGUUCAAGCACAAAAUUUAAUUUCUCUGCAAAAGGACAACGAUCGAUUACUCGACCAAAUCGAUGCAAUGAAAUCCGAACAAAAACAACUGAACUCACAAAUCAAACAAUUGAACGAACAAAUUAAAAAAACCGAAGAAGAAGCCAAAUCACUUCGAAUUGUGAAUGAAGAUAUUAAAGUAACUGCCGAAACCAGUCUUAAAAUCAAAAGCGAAAUCGAAUCUUUGAAAAAUGACAACAAAAAUAUUAUACAACAAAUGAAAAAUGCAGAAAACGAAAUUGUUAAAUUGAAAGACGUGGUCAAACAGAAGGAGAAUGAAAUUAUACAAAAAGCAGAAGAAGCAUCAAAGAUCAAAUCAGAGAUGAAUAAGCUAAUGACUACAAUGAAAAAAAGUAGUGUAUUGAAUUUGGAGGUUGAAGCUUACGAAAAAUCCUUGACGGAGAUUUCACAAAAAUAUGAAACAAAUUUGAAGCAAUUAUCCGAAGCAAAAACGGAAAUUGAGACCCAUCAAAACUCCAUCAAACUGCUUAAUAUGGACAUUCAAUCUUUGACUAAUCAAUUGGAAAUUGAAAAGCAAAAUUCAAAUGAAUACCAGCAACAAACUGAACUGCAACGUAUCAAACUCAAGGAGAACAAUACCGAAAUAAGCGAGUUAAAUCGAAUUAUUGAUGAACAUGUGAAUGCAGCCAAUCAAAUUAAAAUCGAAUUAACAAAUUUGCAAUCUCAACAGUCCGAAAAUGAAGUGGAAAAACAGAGAUUUAUCUCCAAGCAGAAGAUAGACAACGAAAACAAUGUUACCAAAAUUUUAUCUCUUGAAGAAGAAGCACGGAAUCUACGAAACAAAUUGAAUAAUUGUGAACAAGAAUUGUCUAAUGUUCAAACAGACUUUGCUAGCUAUAAAAUAAAAGCGCAAACAGUAUUAAAAGCGCAAUCAAAAGAAUCAAGCAGCGAAGAAGAGCUCAAAGAAGAAUUGGCAAUUUUGACAAAAACAAAGGAUGAUCUUAAUGCAAAAUUGACGAACGCUUGUGAGCAACAUCGACGAAUGGAAAAUACAAUCGAUGAAUUAAAAGAUGAAAGGACAAACCUACAGGAUCGUUGCAAGAAACUUCUUGAAUUGCUUGAUGAAACACGCCAACAGAUUGAAUCGAUGCAAAGUGAAAGUCGUAAACAAACAAAAGAACACCAUGAAGCGCUUAAAAUCCAUCGCUUGCAAGUUGAUACGUUGAACAAUUGUUUUAAAAAUCAAAUCGAAGAAAUGCAGAAGAGACACGAAGAAGAAGUAACCGCGUUAAAAUCGUCGACAUUGACUGCCAAUAAGAGCCAAAAAAUCACAGAGGAUAGUGGACUUAGUUUUGCUAAAUGUGUACAAUUGACAACUGAACAACGAAUCGAACUGCUUAUGAAUGAGCGACAGGAUGGAGAAGGUUCAGAGUGUACAUCAACAAAUCAAAGAAAAGUUUCCCGAGGUAAGCAUGAGGUUAUGCCGCUUGAAGAACUCUUGGCAUCGAAUACAUAUACAUAUGAUGAGGAGUUAGAGACAGCUGAACCAAAUGAAGAUAACAGAUUUGUUUCCAAAGAAAAAUUCGAAGCUGAACAGAGCCGGUUGAAACAUUUAUCAACUUUAUUAUCGGAAGCCGAGAUGGAUGUUACUAGAUUGUCUGAAAUGAAUGUUAUGCUGAAAGAGGAGUUAAGACGACAAGAACGCUCGACGGAACGCGAGAAAGAAAUGAAAAAUUUGGAAUAUAUGAAAAAUGUUAUCUUCAAGUUUUUAACCAUAAAUAAUGUGGAUGAACGAGCUCACUUGGUGCCAGUAUUAAAUAUUAUUCUAAAAUUAAGUCCUGAUGAAAGCAAAACAUUGCAAUCUGUAGCAAGGGGAGAGUCCAUAAGUUGGAGCAAUCUACUGCCAACGUGGUAAUGCUUCAUCAAAAUGAAUCAAUAAUUUUUAUUGUUAAUGGUAUCACCAAAAUAAAUUAUUUUUAAAAUAAUAAAAUAACUCAAAAACU